AUGGGCGAAGAAUAUUGUGGUCGCAAUUUGUAUUGUCCGCGAAUUCCGGAGCCUUCUCUGAGAGUGAACCCUCAUUUCGCGGGCGAAAAAUUCCGUGUCAGGUGUUCUGCUCCUUGCUUAUCCUGGCAUGAAGCUGCACUUGUUCAUGGCCCCGCGAGUGAGACAACACACUUGGGUGCAGUAAAUGUCUUACAGUGUGCCAAGAAACGUGCGGUGAUUUCCAAUCAUUUGACCACUGUUGGCCUAAUACUGGGACUCACGCUCACCUUUUUCAUCUUCGACUCCAUGAUGUUUUCCGCGAUCCACCACUUCUGUUUUGGCCACAGUUCAUCUGUUAAAAAAUCAAAGGGUUUGCAGGUGCGUUUCCUUCUUCCUCUCGGUUCACUUAAUGAAGUGGAAAAUUAUGAAUAGAACCCCCAUAAUAUGGCUUUGAUAUCUCGACUAAAAGGCCAUGUUCAUGAUCAGGCUUUGAUAAGGUUCUCCUUUUACAAUGCGGUCAAUAUCUUUAGCAAUGCUAACAUCAUACGGAAAAAUUACACCAUUUCGAUCCUAAAAUACAUUCUUCAAACAUUUUUUGUAUUCAUUGAUUUUUUUAGUGCACUUCAAUUUUUCAAUCUUUGUUACUUGCUUACUUUACGCAGGAAUAGUUCUUUCAUUACCUUUGAUUUUGUUUUUCUGGUUAUACUUGCAAUUCAGUGCCUCAUCAAUGUGAGAUUUGCUUAUUUAAGUAGAUCUACCUGCCUUUCUUGUCCUCCAUGUAUGGACAAAUCGAGAUAUCAUCCCACUUGAAUGUUUUUAGGCAAUUUUUUCUACUCAAAUGAAAUGAAUGACAAGCACUUGACGUCCUCGCUUUUAUUUGCCAUAAUCUUUAACGUUGUGAUAGUGUUGAUUAAGGCUAAAGGCACAAUGAGGUCGGUUUUUCGAUUUUUUCAUUAUUAAAUCUUAUUCAUGAAAUUUAAAUCGACUUGCCCUGACAUUUUUGGGUUGUCAUUUCAUCCUCCCCGAGUUCCUCAGCCUGAUCGUCACAUAGUUUCUUUGAUGGCAACAUUUCUCCCUACUUUCUUGAUCACACUUUUUUGUGACUACUAUAUUCAAAGUAUUCUUAUAGCAAUGAGCGAUCUGCAUAAAACUGAUUUCCAUGGAAAUCUUGUUAAGAAGGCUUUUUUUCCGAUAAUGGUGACUUAUUUUGAAAAUGUUUUUUAUCUAUUUAUUCAAAGAGAAAUAAUGAUGAAGAUGUUGCCGAGCAGACUCCAAAAAUAAUGUACAAAAGGCUUCUCAGUUUAGCUUUGAACGAAUCUCAGGUCCUUUCUCAACUGUUGUAUGUUCAGUUUGGAUCCUAGUUGAUUUUGCCAAUGGUUGAUUUUGUAGAUGCACCAAUUUACAUGCUUUUGCAUAUUUUUUCACUUAACAGCUUCAAACCCAGUACAGUUCGUCUGGCCUUUGGGAUGAGCCAUACAGACAAGCAUCUUUGUGGAAACCUUGUGCAAAUAAGCACGAAGAAACUAGCCAAGGUAAUUUUCACAUCUAGUGCGCCAUUUAGAAAUCAAAAAAGGUCUAUUCUUAGAAAGUUAUAAAAAAAAUUAACCCAAUUAAUUGAUUCCUGCCCAAGGACACCUGAUGGAGAUGUGAUAUGAACAUUUAAUCAGAGAAAUAUGUGAUAUGAUUAUUUGUCUUAAAAAAUAAAGGGUUCUCAGUUUCAUACUCGUAAGAAAUGUAUCUGUGAUGGAUGAGUGGUCAUCAAGUUAUAACAUUAACAACUUUUUUGUCGGGAUCUCCAUUUUUUUUAUUUUGGCAACCACUAUCCCGAUUCCGUAGUGCCAAUACUUGAGACCGUCUUUCAGAUUUGAGAGUUUAAUACGAAAAUGUAUAGCUAUUAUAAAGCACGCACUUGUCAUCAUGCAUUCCUGAUAUGCAUGUUCACAACAAAGAAUAAUAAAGAGAAAUUUGAUCACCGUGAUAAAUCACAAAAGUGGGCACAGAGGUCAAAAACUGAAAUAAUGGCAGCCGAUGACAGAAAUAGUGAGUGGUUGAUCGAAUUCAGGUUUCCCACGUGGUCAUAUAGAAGGCAAACAGCGCACAAGUAAUGCAUUCAUGUCUAAAAAUAUCAUGAGCACUUCAUCAUCCUAUGGUGGACCGUUACAAGAAAAGAGAGAAACAUUAGUUAAACGUGCAUUUGUUGAUAACAGCAGUUGAUGAUCUAUUUGAUUCAUAAUUAUUAGUCUACUAUCUAGUCACAAGUGUGUUUCUCAACGCUGAUGCUUAGAGCACAUUCUUGUAGGUUUUUCUGGUCGGUAUUUAAUUAUUUUCCUUUUUCUAUUGGUAAUCAGAUGAUAUUAAAUCCACGAGGAAUGAAAAGCAAAAUGGUUUUAUACUGGUCAGUGCAAAUGGUGGAUUGAACCAACAACGAGUUGCUGUAAGGCUCUGUUAUGAUAUAUUAACAUGCCAUCGGUGAAACUUUUUUAAAAUUCAUUUUCUUCUUUAGAGUUCCCGUAUUUUUCUUUUAAUCGUUUUUUUAAUGAUUAGUUAUUAGUUAUUAGUUUUUGUAUUACAAAACUACAUUAAAUUGAAACUCAAAAUCUUGGAGGAUUUGAAGUGGGAUCUUUCAAGGAGACCCUGUAUCAAAGGAUGCAUCCAUUGCACAAUAGAUUAAGAACAGUUAUUGUCAGUUUUGGUUUAUCUGCAUUGUAUAAAUUAUUUGUGCCUACAUUUUUCCGUCAAUUACUACAUUCAGAAUUACCAUGGAAUAAUAGUUGAGAAAAUCAAGCCCCUUGGUCAUUCCUCCAGCUCAAAUAAAACACUUCGUAACUUCCUUUUUUAGGGCCUUAUCUUUAAGCCCGAUUAUGCUGUAGUUCAUUUAGCUGACAUUUUUUUCUAUGCAUAAACCCCGUGACAUAUUGCACCUUCCCGAGUAUUUCUUUCCCAGCUGGAUAUCAUCCUAAUGCUCAUCAGCAAUUUGUCUGACGAUCCCCAUAAAUACUUUGAUUAAAAAAAUUAACUGAAUCCGUUUGCUGUUGUUAGAACUCUUCGCGAAACAUGUCUUUGCGUGUCACAAAGAUUUUACGUAUAGGUAACAUAUGAUCAAAUUUAAUGUUAAUUACUUUUCUAUCUGCAACUUGAAAGCGUUAAAGGGAGUUUUUUUGUCGGUUAGUCAUGUGUUUCAGUUUACGUGAUUUGCGGGAUUACCUAUGGGUGUGGUUGAAGGUCCAUUGAGAGUAAGCCAUGGAAAUAGGGUCAAAUCUGAACCAGUUCCUACUCGAUUGUGCCAUCCUUGUUGAUAAUUCUGACAAUUUAAUUUUUUAGUAGUAAUUAAUUUAAUCUGGCUUCAAGAGAACUGUAACUAGUCCAGGAAAAGUUCAUAUCAAUCCGAGUCUCCCAUUUUCAAAGAUGUCUUUGUCAUCCGGUGGCUAUCCAAUGUUGUUGUUAUAUGUCGUGUCUGGCCGGUUCGACUUCUGUACUGGUCUGUUCAGCUGGUUUUGGUUCAGCAAUGGCUUGUUCCUUCUCGUUUCAGUGAUUUGGAGCUCAAAACCACCAAAACAGGGCCGGCCUGGAGUGGUUACUUUAAAUUAUGUUAUUAAGGGUUAUGAGUUGGAUAGGAAUGCUUGUUUGACAGCACCUGAUCUUCAUUUUCGUUCUGAUUUUUAUUCUGGCAGGUGUGCAAUGCCGUUGCUGUGGCUUAUCUACUUAAUGCGACACUUGUUCUUCCGAAAUUUCUCUACAGCAGCGUGUGGAAAGACGUCAGGUAUGAAUUAACAUCCUAUUCCAAAAUAAUCAACAGUUAAUAUAAGGGUUUGUCCUAGAGUAUUUGAUAAAAUAAAGGCUGAAUUUUUGCUUAUGUUUCUUUAUGGAAGUUGGCAUAUUUUUCCGUAUUUUAAUUCGUAUUGAGAUGAGGAAAAAUAAAUAGCAAGUUGUCUUUUUCUUGGGAUGUAUGUUCCAAUGGAUAUCACCGGCUGUGUUACAAUUUAUUGAGAGAGUGAAAGUAUCAGUCGUAUGGCCAUGAUGCUACUCGUGCAUAUUGGUAAUAGGGCUUCCGAGCAAGGCUUUACUUUUAACCUGUCGCUACGCCUAAAACAUACGUGAGUUUUCUGCAUCAGAUAGGAUGGAAGAACGAAGGUAAUCAAAAAUCAAAUAUCUAAAUCAUAAUCUUUUAGGGUUUUUUUGUUACAUUUGUGACUGUUAGCAACAUUGUGAAACCAUCUGCAUGGUACGUGCUAUGCAUGCAUUGGUUCAUGAGCUUCAAGGGUAUUAUUCGUUUCUUACUGUUUCGCAGCUAGCAUAUACAUGCAUGCGAACUCCGCCGUAGUCACUGUACAAUACUGUUUUCUUUCUGGCUUCAACAGUAAUGAAUAACCAUCUUCAUGCUCCCUCACCCAUCCUACUCUCCGAUCUAUUUUUCUGCACAGUAACACACUCCAAACCAGAGAACACUUAGAAUGACCAGUAACUUUCACUUGUCAGACUCUAUCUAUGUGCACAGAUAAGAUAUCAUUCGUAUCCAAUAUUUCGAGUAUCUAAAUUAUCCGUUCCAGUGGCAUUAUUUCCUCCAGUGGUGUAGAGAGAUUUUCCUUGUUUUUCCCUUACCUAAAUGCGUCCCAAUAGAAUACUUGCCUGAAUUUUCCAUCGAAGGGCAGCCAGUUUGGAGAUAUUUAUCAAGAAGAGUAUUUCAUCGAUUUUCUGAAGGAUGAUUUGAAUAUAGUGAGGGAGUUGCCUUACCGCCUUCAAUCACUGGGCAUCGAGGCAAUUGGCAGCCAAGUAGGUUUCCCUGAUCAGCGGUUUAUUAUUAUUCACAGCUUAUCACCAGAGGACAGCUUGAAAUAAGCAAUUGCCUUUUUUGGCAGAUUACAGAUGCAGAUCUUGGCAAGGAAUCCGAGCCAAUACACUUUAUCGAAAAAGUCCUCCCCCUCCUACUAAGGAAUGGAGUUGUUCACUUUCUUGGUUUUGGGAACAGGCUUGGUUUUGACCCAUUGCCUUCUCAUCUUCAGGUUUCUAAACUUCUUCCCUCAUCAUUUUUCAGGAUAAUCACGUACGCUGACUUUCCUUUUUUAAAAGGUCAACAAAUUAAUUAUCAUAAAGUAAAGUUGUACAUAUUCUAUCUUCCAUUAAUGCUUGGAAAUAAUACUAGUUGGUUCGUUUGUUUGAAUGAACCAAGCUAUGAAUGCACCAAUGCUGAUAUGAUCUUUGACUUUUGUCCUCUGUGUCAACCUACCAUAAUAUAUAUACCCAUUGGUCCUUAUCCGUGCAGGAAUGUGAAUGUGAAUACUCACUCCAUAUCGGAUGAAGUCAUAAGUAGCAUGCAUAUAAUUACGGAUUUCCCAGUUCAUGAUUCAUCUUUAAAUUCAUUAUUUUCAGAGACUGAGAUGCAAAUGCAACUUUCAUGCACUCAAGUUUGUGCCGGAGAUUCAAGAAACGGGUUCUUUGUUAGUCCAAAGGAUCAGAGAAUACAAUGCGAAGACGAGUGAACUGGAUCUGCAACUACUUGGGGAUCACAUUCCAAGCAGGCAUAUGAAAGAAAGCAGCUCCUCAAACCGUCCCAAGAGAUACCUCGCCUUACACUUGCGGUUCGAAGUAGACAUGGUAGCCUACUCUCUCUGCAGCUUUGGUGGCGGAGAAGAUGAGAGAAGGGAGUUGCAGGCUUACAGGGAAAUCCACUUUCCUUUGCUUGUCCAGCGGAUGGCGAAAAAGUAAGUACUUUUGGGCUAUAUUUUGGGUUACCAUAUUUGACUAUUAUCAUAAUCUAUGAUCAAUGUUGCAAAGCAAGUACUUUUUGGCUAUAGUUUGGGUUACCAUAUUUGACAAUUAUCAUAAUCUGUGAUGAAUGUUGCCUAACUAUAUGUUGUUUGGAGCAGUUCUAGCGCCAUUUCCCCAGAAUAUUUGAGGAAAUCGGGCAAGUGCCCGCUGACACCAGAAGAGGCGGCGCUUGUCCUCGCUGCCGCUGGGUUCAAUCCUCGAACCUAUGUUUACCUUGCUGGAUCUCGCAUAUAUGGUGGAAAAUCCAGGAUGCUUCCCCUAAUGCGUCUCUUUCCGAACCUGGUGACCAAAGAGGAUCUACUCACAGAAAAGGAGCUCGCGCCUUUCAAGAACUUCUCAUCUCAGGUAAUUUCUGCUGGAAAUCUCAUUCCUCACCCCCUCCGUUGAUAAGUCAUAUCGAACCUGAAGUCAACCAGAAGAACUGCAUGAUGGGUGCGCGUUGACUCUACUUCUUUCUAAAUGUGGUGUUUUCUUCUUCAUUUCUUCGUAGUCAUCAUCCUAGGACACAUGUUAAACCUCAUUUUAUGAGUUCAUAUUCCUCUGUUUUUCCACUCUUAGAACAACACUCUUAUGAGAUCAUGAACACAACACUAAAUUACCCGCUUAGCUUGGCCAAUGACUCUAUCCAUCUGGAGCUAACCCAGUUCUUUCAUCCUUUCACUGCCCUGUUCUAAUCGCAGAUGGCGGCGCUGGACUUCAUCGCCUGCGCCGCCGCCGACGUGUUCGCCAUGACCGACACGGGGAGCCAACUCUCCUCCUUGGUCUCCGGCUUCCGGGCCUACCACGGCGGCGGCGCCGCUCCGACUCUCCGGCCGGAUAAGAAGGCCCUGGCGGAGAUUCUCUCCCAGAGCGGCGGCGCGAUGGGGUGGAGCAGCUUCUCGGGGAGGGUGAAGAGGAUGAUCCACGAGGGGCAGAGGCCGCACGCGCGGCGCAGAGGGCGGAGCAUCUACCGCGAGCCCAGAUCCCCCGAGUGCAUGUGCCAAGACCUGACUGAAGCAGAGAUUCCAUGA